AUGGAAUUCAACGUUAAUAACAAAAUCGCCGUCGUCACUGGUGGUACUCGUGGACUAGGACUUUAUUGCGCUGAAGCAUUUGUUGAAAACGGAAUCAAAACAAUUUUCAUCACCUCACGUAAAGCCAAAGCUUGUGAAGAUGCCAAAAAACACUUGGAAGAGUUGGCAAAAAAAAACGGUAAAUCUGUUGAGGUGAUUGCUAUCCCUGCUGAUUUGGCUGUCGAAGAACAAGCUGAAAAUUUUGCCAAGGAAGUGGCAAAGAAAGUUGACAAGAUUGACAUUUUGAUUGCCAAUGCUGGUGCUACAUGGGGUGCUCCAUUGGAUGAGCACAACGUUGCAGCUAUCAAGAAAGUUGUCAACUUGAACUUCGUUGCCGUUUACCACACUAUCAAGUUGUUUACCCCAUUGUUGGAGAAAGCAGCAACUGUUGAAGACCCCUCAAGAAUUAUCAUCAUGUCAUCCAUCAUCAGUUUGAUAAAUAAUGACAUUGUUGGAACUUAUGGAUAUCUCGGAUCCAAAGCUGCUGUAUCUCAUUUGGGAAGAAAUUUGGCGGUUCAAUUUGCCCCCAGACACAUUAAUGUAAAUUCAAUCUUGCCUGGAUUUUUCCCCACAAAGAUGGCCAACGGAUUGCUUGAAGUUGCAGGCGAAGGGUUGAUUGAGACAAAUCCUCGUGGUAGAUUGGGAGAACCUGAAGAUAUGAAGGCAGCAGUCUUGUUUUUGUGUUCAAAGAGAGCCAACUACAUCAAUGGAGUCGAUUUGCCAGUCGAUGGUGGUGCUCGUUUGAACAGUCCAGCAGCUCACUUUUAG